CGCAUCCUCAUCGCCAAUGACUGCACCUCGCACCUUCAUGUAUAAAGCCUCACUUUUACAACCGCCGCUACAGGAGUCGAACAAGUCCUGCAGAUUUCUCUAGAGCAUUUGCGAUGUUCGGAUUUCCCCAGAAGAACUUUGUGGAGAUGGAGCGCCAGGGCGCACAGGACGCGCGGCGCAGCCAGAGUCUCCAGGGGUAAUCCCGGGGGGAUUUUUUGAAUAUGGGAAAAAGAGAGCAAUUGGGAUUUUUUCUCCUUUAAAGUUUCACAUCCCCGGCGUGCACAAUGGACACCCUGAGCCUGUCAGUGAACGCGGUGUCCUACACCGUGGCAGCGGAGAUCCCCACCACCGACGACCCGUUCAGCGGACCCAUCAGAAACAUCGCGCCGUGGAACUUCACGGUCCUGGCUGUCGUCAUGUUCGUGGUUACCUCGCUGUCUCUGACCGAAAAUUUCUUGGUCAUGUUUGUCACUUUCAAAUUCAAGCAACUUAGACAGCCCCUGAACUACAUCAUAGUUAAUCUGGCCAUCGCAGACUUUCUGGUGUCCCUCACCGGAGGGCUGAUAAGUUUCCUGACAAACGCCCGGGGCUACUUCUUCCUGGGGCGGUGGGCUUGUGUCUUGGAAGGCUUUGCCGUCACUUUCUUUGGUAUUGUGGCACUGUGGUCCCUGGCUGUCCUGUCCUUUGAGCGCUUCUUUGUGAUCUGCCGGCCCCUGGGGAACAUUAGAUUGCAAGCCAAGCAUGCCAUCCUGGGUCUGCUAUUCGUGUGGACGUUUUCCUUCAUCUGGACCUUCCCUCCUGUUCUGGGCUGGAACAGAUACACUGUGAGCAAGAUCGGAACCACCUGCGAGCCUGACUGGUAUUCAACCAACAUAACAGACCACAGCUAUAUUAUCACUUUCUUCACUACCUGUUUUAUUUUCCCACUCGGAGUGAUAUUCUUCUGCUAUGGAAAGCUCCUCAGGAAGCUGAGAAAGGUAUCUCAUGGUCGUCUUGCAACUGCCAGAAAGCCAGAGCGGCAGGUGACCCGUAUGGUUGUAGUAAUGAUUGUGGCAUUCAUGGUGGGUUGGACCCCUUACGCAGCCUUCUCUAUACUGGUCACAGCUUAUCCCACCAUUGAACUUGAUCCAAGGGCGGCUGCCAUCCCGGCUUUCUUCUCCAAGACAGCGGCUGUGUAUAAUCCAAUCAUCUACGUCUUUAUGAACAAACAGUUCAGGAAGUGCCUGAUUCAGCACUUUACAGGCAUGGGAACAAUCCCGGAAAGCAACCUGAAUCAGACCUCAGAGCGACCUGGAAUUACUGCUGAGAGUCAAACAGGAGAAUUGUCUGCCAUUGCAGCACGCAUCCCUGUAGGCAGCACCAUGUCUCCCAAAUCAGAUGACUCUCAAACUGAUUGUGGCUCAUUUGCUCAGCUUCCCAUCCCAGAGAACAAAGUGUGUCCACUGUAACUGCAAGCCUCCUUCCAAUAGAUGUGAUGUUCCUCCUUGAGAGUGAAUAUUAACUUUCCUUUAUCCAGCUACAGUGUGCUUCAGAAACUUUGUGGACUUUAAGAGAAGAUGGAAUAAUUAUCAAAGUCUUUGCAAAACUUUGAAGGCAUUGGGCACUUUUGAGGAUAUUAAAUUUCUGUGUAGAACUGAGGAAAGGUUUUGUGCUUUCACCUGUUUUGUUAGUUUAUUUAUGUGUGUUUAAUAAAUAGAUUAAUAAUAGAGGAAGAAAAAAGAAUCAAUAGAUAUGCUUCAGCCUUAACCCUGCAGGUCAUCUGUAACUACUAAGUACUUCUCCAUCUUGUUAAUCGAGAAUGUCUGAGUUGUUCUUCUUACCCCUGAAGAGCUUCAUGUUGUGAAUCAUAUUAGUGGGCGCUUCAUUUCAACUUUAUACUGCCUGCCUUCAAAUCCCAGUGUAUCAGUGGAUUGUGAAAUCUUGACAUCAGAAGUUAGGGGCUGGUCAGUGUAUUUCAAAUACCACAAUGAAUCCAGUCUUUCAUCUUGUCCUUGCCUUCUCCUUUGAAGCCCCAUGAUAGUGUCUGCAGAGGAAAUACUGUUUUCCUAUGCUGUUUUCAGUGUUUUCUUUGGCAGCAAGCUUCCGUCAACUUUCCAUGUCAAAAGCACAAAGCAAUCUUUGAAUUGGGGAUUUUUCUUUCUCUAUUUUAGUUUGUCCUGUACAG